ACUUAUUUGUUUUGUUGUGUUGGAUGAGUAAUUCCUCCUUCUCCGUCUCAGAAUUGAAUUAGAAUUUUCAGUUUUAUUCGUGUAAGUGAUUAAGAUGGAUUGGCUUUUUGGCAAGAAAAUUAGCCCUGAUGAGAUGCUCCGGAAGAAUCAGCGGGCUCUCAACAAGGCAAUGAGGGAUUUGGAUCGUGAGCGCAUGAAGAUGGAACAGCAGGAGAAGAAAAUCAUUGCCGACAUCAAAAAGAUGGCCAAGGAGGGACAAAUGGAUGCCGUAAAGAUCAUGGCCAAGGAUCUUGUGCGAACGCGUCGCUAUGCCAAGAAAUUCAUGCUAAUGAAGGCAAAUAUCCAGGCGGUAUCGCUGAAAAUCCAGACGCUUAAAUCCCAAAACACAAUGGCACAGGCAAUGAAAGGUGUGACCAAGGCCAUGCAGAAUAUGAAUCGUCAAUUGAAUCUCCCGCAAAUCCAGAAAAUCCUUCAAGAUUUUGAAAAGCAAUCAGAAAUUAUGGACAUGAAGGAGGAGAUGAUCAACGACGUCAUCGACGAUGCAAUGGAAGAUGAAGGCGAUGAGGAAGAGACUGAUGCUGUUGUCUCACAGGUUCUAGAUGAACUUGGCUUACAGUUGGGCGAACAACUUGGUGAUCUGCCUUCUGCCUCGGGUUCACUAUCUGUUGCCGGUGGAGCUGGAGCAGUAAAAACUCCUGCCGCUGUGGCUGCUGGCGGUGCUGGUGGCGGCGGUGGGGGAGGUGGUGGUGGCGGUGGCAAUGGUGGAGCUGGGGGCUCCGGUGGCAACUCACCAAUGUCAGAUGCGGAUGCCGACUUGCAAGCCCGUUUGGAUAAACUACGCAAGGAUUAGUAAUUAAUCAAUUGCUAUCUGCCUGCCGUUUCCCAAAUCACAUUUUAUACUUAUAUAUAUAUAUAUAUCCACCCAUACACCCGUUCCGUAAGCAAAACCGUAAGAAAUUAUGAUCCAGCGGUUUUUGCAGGUCCACCAUACUUUAUAUGUAUAUGCUAGUGCCGCAAACGUUAUUAAAUUUACACAGAAGGCUUGUGUUUCCUUUUUCCA